AUGUCGUCGACAUCGGCUGCUGCAGCUUCUUCUUCAUCCUCAACGGCGUCGUCUCAAUUCACCUACACUACCGGCACGUACUUUCCGACUCCGUUUCACCUACAACAGCCGCAAACCUAUGUGGCUGCUGCCGCUGCCGCUUCAAUUCUGCAAUUUCCUGCUCCUCCUCCUGCGGUUCCCCACGUUUAUCCUGCUCCCGCUACAAUCCCUACCGUGUACUCCCUCCCUCAGUAUCAACAGGCCCAGCAAUUAUUUCAGAGGGAUGCACAAACAAUAACACUUGAAGCGCUAGAGAGUGUGAAAGCUGCGCUUGCAAGUAGUGAGAUUGAGCACAAGGCCGAGACUAAGAAGAAAGCAGUACCUCGUAAGGCAGCAGGGCAGGCAUGGGAGGAUCCUACACUUGCAGAUUGGCCAGAGAAUGAUUCUCGUUUGUUCUGUGGUGAUCUUGGUAAUGAGGUGAAUGAUGAUGUUCUAUCCAAAGCAUUUUCAAGAUUUCCAUCUUUUAACAUGGCCAGGAUCACUGUAUACACUUUUCUUCAUCCCUUCAAUUUCUCGGCUGUUUUCUCUUCUUCUGAAGGAUUGGCACUAACCUCUACUAAAGCAUAGCCGGACUGCUCCACCUAGAGAUGGCUGAAGGAAGUGGAAAUGAGGAGACAACUCUUGAGCAUACAUCAACAUGGGCAGUGGUAGUUGUUUGUUUCAUCUUGAUGAGCCCAAACAAUGUACUAUAUAUAUACUAUACCUCUCGCGGAUCGUUGCUAAUAUUGUACAAUUACGUUACCUGACUUUUAGCAUUUCUUUCAACUUGUUAGGGAUGAGAGUCUUUUUGUUUGUGCACAAGAAAGUCUUUCAAGUUAUUGUAAAUGAGAAUCUUUCGGUACUUUAUU